AUGACCUACACGAGGAUCACCCAGCAGAGCAACGGCUCUCACGACACCAUCCUCUUCAACCGCCCCUGCCCCGCCUUCCGCUGCAACGCACGCUACUGCUCGAAUUCUCAAGAAAACCCUUAUGGCGGUUUCAUUUCCUCCCACCCCUCCAUCCCUCCCCACCCUAUCCCGCGAGCCCCCAUACCCCCCCUCCCUGCACUCCCCACAUCCCUCCCUCGUGCCUCUCCCCCCUCCCUGCACUCCCCACAUCCCUCCCUCGUGCCUCCCCCCCGUUCGUGCAGCAGGGCAACAACACCGUCAUUCGCAUCCGAUAUGAUCGCCGAGGAGAAGGUGCAGAGCGAGAAGGAAGAGGCGGAUUCGAGUCCGUCGGGAUGGGAAGUGACCCGUGGCGGACGGAUGCACGACACGGAGCUGGUGGCGAUCAUGGGCAUCGCCAGGACAUGGGAGCGUAUCGCUCGCCGGAAGAGGGUUACCGCCGUCGCGAAGAUCGGAGUCGCGGGCGUGGCCUGGAGGAAUUUUUCUCUGGUCGGCAGGGAGACCUCGAUGUUGACGGAGAGGACGAGGCCGACACGGCGAAUAAGGCGCAGGAAACGAAUCGCGAAGGCGAGGCGAAGGGCGAUGACGAAGCCCAGGAAGAAGGCGCAGGCGAGCAGCGCGAAAUGCCCGCUGGAGUCAAGGAGGCCGAUUCGACGCAGGCGGGCGCGGCGGCGAAACCGGACGGGACGAAUGGUGCGUGGAACCAGCCGCGUGGCGAAGAGAAGAACGACGGCGGGAGGCGUAGCAGUGGCCCGCGCUCACCGAAUCCGCGUCAGCACCGUGACGAGAAACGCGGAGGCGAGGGGCGCGUGCCCGAUCUGCGGCAGCACCGUGACGUGGGGCGCGGCGAUGGCGCGCUCGCAUCAGGCCAGCGACAGCAUCGCGAUGGGGGGCACGCUGGCGGCGCGCGCUCGCCAGAUCCGCGGCCGCAGCGUGACGAGAGGCGCGAAGGCGGCUACCGCUCGCCUGAUCCGCGGCCGCUGCAUGAGGAGAGGCGCGGAAGCAGUUACCGCUCGCCAGAUCCGCGAUAGCGCCGUGACGGAGAACGCGGAGGCAGUGCGCACUCGCCAGAUCCGCAGAGGUAUCACGGCGGGAGGAGCAAGGGGGGCUCGCGCUCACCAGAUCCGCAUCACUAUCGUGAUGGGAGACGCAAAGGUGGCUAUCGCUCGCCUGACACGCAACGGUACCAUGGAGGGAGGUGGGGAGGUGAGGCGCGCUCGCCAGAUUGGCGUCAGCGACACGAGGAAAGCCAGGGAGGCAGAUACCGCUCGCCGUCGCGGCAGCGGAGCAGGGAUGGAAGGCAGGGCGCUGGGUCUCGCUCGCCUGGGCGGUAUCGGCAGCGUGACGAAAGACGUGCCGGUGAAGGAGGACAGGAUCAACGCGGUAGCAGAGUGGGAGGCAGCGGGCUGA